CAACCUUCUGUAUGUUUAGCAACCUGUCACAGUACUGUACAUAAAUUCGCUUUAACAGGCGCCGUUAAGAUUAAGAGUUUAUAUAAUAAGUGCAACAGAAACCGUAAACAUGUGGCUUCGUCUGGUGUUUUUGCUCGCGAUCGAGUACGGCGUGGUCAGCGGCCUGCGGGCGCAGGUAGACCAGAGCAAGACGUCCAUCAGCGGCAGCUUGCUGGACAACAUCAACACCCUGGUGGCCUACGUCUGCUCCACGUACCGCACCAGCACUGGAACGCCCGCCCAGGAAGCGGUCGCCGUGGGCGAUAUGUGGCAGUACAUGGCCACCUGGCUGAAGGCCCGCAAUCCGGGACUGGUCUGGCAGGUGCACGUCUUCGGCAAGCACGGAAUUAACGGCGGCAAAACAGAUCCCUUGUAUUCGGACGUCUCGAGCACUACACGGAAGUACAAAGCAACAUGUGAUGGACGACGAUUUUUUGUUCAGUAUUCCAAAAAUCCAUACGAAAAGGCAUCCAACGGAUAACAUCAAACAUUAAGCUGCUCCUGUACAUUUCCUGAUCAUUAAUUAAAAUACUUCUGUCGCUAGAGGGGUCUAGGCGUUAAUUUAAGUACUGUUACAGCAUUUCCUGUAGUUGUUUCUCUAUGGCUGGGUAUUCCGAAAGCAGCACUACUGAUCGAAAUGAAUUUCUUUACAAAAAUUGCAGACUCGG